AUGUUUCCAAAGGCUACAUAUAAUCCAAUGUCAAUGGGUUUUCAAUAUCCCGGACAACAACACCACCAACAACAAUCACCAUCCAUCUAUCAAUCACAAUAUAAUGGAUUUAAUCGACAAAUGCAAGUACCUUUUCAACAAGCUCCAUUACCACCUGGACAAUCAUUACCACGUGGACAAUCAUUACCAGCAUCUAUGAGACAACAUCCACCAUCUAAUAGACAAAAUCCACCACCUAAUAGACAAAAUCCACCAUCGAAUAGACAAAAUCCACCACCUAAUAGUAUUUAUCCUCCAAAUCUAUCUCAACGAUACGAGCAAUAUGAACCAUCGGCUGUAAUUCAACAGUAUGACUAUCGUCAUAAUUACGUACCACAAGGUAAAAGACAUCAUAAACAUCGAAAUAUUUCUUCCAAUGAAUCUCAUCAAAAUCAAUCACCUGCAUUAGAAAAUCAUACAAAACAAGAUGAAACAACUAUUAAUGAUCAUCAAGAAGAACAAUCUCUACCAAUUGAAAACAUUCCUAAUGUUAAUCAAUCUGAAGAUCAUGGUGUAGGUGUAGAACAACAACAACCACAACAGCAACAACAAAAUUCUGAAGAGAAAAAAAACCGUAAAUCACGUUCAAAGAAAAAAAAUCAUCAUCGUCAUGAUCAUGUUGAAACUAAUAAUCAUGAUGAUAAUACUUAUUUUCAAACACAACCAUCAGCUUUUUUUGCUGAAUUACCAUCACAUGUGAAGGUUCAUCAACAACCACUUUAUACUAGUUAUAAUCAAGUUUAUGAAGAAUCUAUUCUACGUGGUGAUCUUUAUCAAAAACAAGCAAAACGUUCAACACGUUUACCACCAGAAGCUAAACAAAAAUUAUUACCACAUGAAGAGGAUAAAAAAAAACCAUAUCCAGUUGUUGGCUAUUUUCAACAACAACAACAACAACAACAACAACAAUAUAAUGACGCUCGUCCACCAUUUAGUCCAUAUCAACCAUAUACUGCUCGACCUCAUUUCUAUGGUCCAACAGUUCCUUAUAAUCCUCGUCAAGCAUGGUCAAAUAUAAAUGGAAAUAACAUGGUUGAUGAACAAAAAAUUGAUCGUUUAAGAAAUCAUAUUCAAGCAUUAGAACAUGAAUUACAUAAAUUACAAAAAAAAUUAUAUAAAGCAACAUUACAUCGUAAUGAAGUAGCAAUAAGAGGUGAAAGUCAUCGAAUACAACAUCGAUCAAAACGUGAAGCUAUUGGAUCACCAAGACAAACACCUGUUAUUGUUGAAUUAAAUAGUACAAUUAAUGAUAAUGUUAAAGAACCAUCAACAACAUCAUCUAAAAUACAUCGAAAUCGUACAGAAAGUGAUCAUAGUUCACGACAAGGACAAAAUCAUGUUCAACAAACAAAUGAAAUAUCUGAACAAAAUGUAACAUCAUUCGAUAAUCAUGUACGUAGUCAAAGUCCAGAUCAAUAUCAAAUAGAUUCUCAUGAACGUACAUAUUUGAAUGAUAAUCAAAUAUUAGAAUCUGAAGAGAAAAUUUCAUUACCAAAAAAAAGUUCACGUGAAGAAACAGCUGCACAAUUAGCACAUGCAGCUGCAGCACAUGUUAAUGCUCGUCAACAAUAUCCACCACCUCCACCACCAUCAUCACAACCAAAAAUUUUACAUCAAACAGAUGUUUUACCAGCACAAGAACAACAAAUUCGUGGUCAAAUUCAAUGUUUACCUGUUAAUGGUAAUAUUCAUCAUUCAAAUGAUUUACAACAACAACGUAAUGUUGCAAAUUUAAAUAAUAAUGAAUUUCAUAUUAAUAAAGAUGAACCACGAAAUUUUGAAUCAGUUGAAAAAAUUCUUGAUGCAUUUGAACGUAUUUAUAUGAAGGAUAGAAAAACAGCAACAACUCCAGUCAAAGUUAAAUAUAUACCUGAUGAACAACAUAGUAUUUGUUAUCAUCAACGAAAUAAAAAUAAUAAUAAUCAAUAUAGAUCAGCAAGUCCAAGUAGUCAAACAACAACAUCAUCAUCAUCAACUUGGUCAAAUACAUCUGAUGAACCAUCUUUAGGAGGUCUUCCACAAAAAAUGCCAUAUCCACAUAACAAUUAA